AGCAGGCAGGGAACUACAGUAGACAGAGAGAGGACAUCCUGGAAGAAGUUGAUCUGUGGGGUUUGUGGCUCCUGCAUCCCUGAAAGGAAGCCAAGCAGAAGCUGCAGAGUUCUGGGCCUGUGAGCCAGGAUCUCAUUGCUUCUUUGUGAAGAACGCAGCAGAAAUGUCGGUGUGGUCUGUCUUCUUGUUCCUGAUCCAUUGCUUGCAUGGCCAUCAGUCGUGCCCACGAAGGUGUGACUGCCCGCCAGGAAACGGUGUGGUGUGGUGCAGUUGGAGAAAUCUGAUGGUUAUCCCUUUUGACAUUCCUCAUGACACUCGAGUAUUGUACCUAGACUCUAACUGGAUUGUCCACAUAUCCAGCGGGGCCUUCCACGGCCUGAAACUCCUCCAUGAACUUCACCUGGCGGACAAUCUCAUCGAGAGCAUUUCUCCAGCAGCCUUCCACGGCUUAGGGAAUGCACUGAGGCUCCUGGACCUUUCAGGGAACAAGCUGCGAAACAUAGACCCUGCUCCUUUCAUCAUGCUGACCUGGGUGAAGCUAGAACUCUACAACAAUCCCUGGCAUUGUGACUGCUCCCUGCAGGAGCUGAUGAAGGCUCUUUCCUUAGGAGCCAGGACGGCGGAAGACAUUGUGUGCACCACCGCAACUUGGAAGGAGUAUGUUGGGAAGACUUUGUCCCAUCUGGUCAGCGCUGGCGUCAACUUCUGUGUCACUCAGCAGAAGCACACCGAUUUUGCAAUGCUGCUCACUAUGUUUGUCUGGUUUGGUGUCGUUAACACUUACAUCAUCUAUUAUAUCCGGCGCAACCAAGCCGAAUCCCGGCGUCACUUGGAAUACCUCAAAUCCCUGCCGGUUCCUAGCAGCAGCUCAUUCCAACCUGAGGAGAAGGAGGUGGAUGAAGACAAUACACUCAGCACAAUCCUCUGAUGGACUAGACUCACACGCGCGCUGGGGCUACACAACAGAACUGUUUUGGAAGCAGAUUUAAUCUGAUAAGAAUUUGUCCCUCUAAAGAAAUUUAGCUUUAUAUCUAGGGACCAACCCAAAAAAAAUGCUGCUUAAGACAAAGCUGCUGUCCAAUUGUAAUGGUUAAACGGGGAAGACCUUGGGAGGCUGGGCCCAGAGAUUCUGCCUAGGAACCAAUCAGAGACAGCAUAGCCCGCAGCUGGCUAGUGGGUGAUGUAACAGGCUCUGAAGGGAUCACCCCUAAUUUCUCAGGAAGUAAAGGAGACAGUGGAAAAUUGUAUUUUCAGAUUCACAAGACUGAUGUCAGCCUUACCAGGGAGACCAGACAGGAAAUACAAGUAGAUGAACUAAUUCUACUUUAUUGCAAGUCUUUUUUUUCCCCCUUUCCUUCCUUUCAUUCAAUCCUGUCUGAUUCUCGAGGCUGCCUGGACAAGUCCCAGCAGUUUUCCUGGCAAGAAUUUUUUUUUUCCAGAAGUGGCUUACCAUUGCCCACUUUCUCAGGUUUAGAGAGAGUGGCUAGCCCAAAGUCACACAGUUGGCUUCGUACCUCAGGUAGGACUAGAAUGCAUGGUCUCCGGGUUUCUAACAUGAUGCCUUAACUGCUACUACAGCAAGCUGGUUUCAUUGUAAGGCUACAUUAACAUAGUCUCUAGCCAAUCCAUUUCUCCCACAUGACAAUUUUAGCUACAAGAAUUAUUCCGGUAUGAUUUUACUUGAUUUAUGUCCUUCUCUCCUGAUAGGCUGGAAUAUUAUCUGGGUUAAACAUUGGGCUAAACUGGGUUUGACUAAGGUUGCAACCCAUCAGAUAUUUUGGGUGUUUAUUUGGUAGUUUGCCCAAGUGUGCUACUUGCUAUUUUUUCAGAAUAAACUAGGAAUAUUUGCUCUAAAGAUAGAGCAAUUCCAUCCCCUCCUAGUAAACUCACAUCUUAAUCCACUAGCUACCACUCAUCAAUUUAUACCAAUCUCACUGACAAGACUCUUUUUCUUUCAGCUUCUCCAACAAAUAUCUGAUUGGUUAAAUUAGCAGCAGCCUGAAAUGUGAGAAUUCCCUUCCCCAACUGUGGAUUCCCUUAAGAUGGCUGGAUCAAAGGCUGGCUUUAAAAUCAUCCUCCAAAAAUUACAUUUCCAACUUUCACCAACUAGGCGGGUCGUUCCCAGUCCUCUUGGAACAGUGGGAACAUGUCUGUUUAAACUGCGAGCCUCAUCUUCUCCACUUGGGCUGCUGAAAUCCACUUUGUUUCUGUCUUCCUUCCCACCCAUAAAGUUUGCAGAUUUUCUUUUCUCUCAGUGGCCACUUUUUGUAAACACUUUGAAGCAUGAGUAAUAUGCAUAAUGGCUGGCAUCUCCGUUUUUUCCUGGCAAGCAUCCCCUGUGCCUUUAACAGUAGAACAAAAGGCAAAAAAAAAAAAAAUCACAGCUGUAAUUAUCCUUGUAAUCCUUGUUGGAAUUAUGCCCCUUAAAACUGCACUUGCAGCAUUAUUUCUGCCUUUUGUCUCCCCCACAGGCCACCAUGCUAUAUAAUUCAAAACAGUUGUUUAAAAACUAGAUCCCCUUUCUAUUGUGUACACUGUUUCUUAUAAUUACACUAGAUAAAACACCUGUCAGUCAAUUUGGAUCCCUCUUUCUAGAUAUAUCAUAGUUUAAUAUACUAGGGAGCAAAGCAUGAAAUCAAUAACAAAAUCCCAGUUUCUUAAUCCCUGGUGUUUUACAGAGAUGUUCUAUCUAAUCUGCUCAAUUAUUGCCAUUCCCCACCCCCCAAAACUGAUUUGAUAUCCUCUUAAAGACUCUCAGGGUAUUACAUCAGAAGUGGUCAGCUGACAUCUUCAAUCUAAUUUCCAAAGAAGCAAAAUUCAAUUCAAGAAGACUAACAGCUAUUUCACCUUUUCUUGGUAGCAUCUCCACAAGUAAAAAGCAAUUGUUUUAAAAGGAGAGAGAUUGACGGAAACAGAAACAAGGGUGAUGGUGAAAGAAAUAGGAUGGUUUUUGGCUCUAGCUACAACUGACCUUCACUCUACCCACUGCUUCAAGGAAAUGCUGUUUUGGGGAGAAAAACGGGUUUCCAUUAACAUGAAAUGCAUAUUUGUAAUCAGAAAUACUGUGUGUCUAACUCUGCUUCUUUGGUGGCUGUGCCUACAUAAAUAAAAGUACAUCUAAUUCCAAA